UUUGCAAACAACAGUCGCACUUUGACGGAUAAAAACGCACAGAAUUUUUUUCUAUUUGUCAUUUAAUUGAUUGUAGGUGCUUGCUGCCUGCUACACAGGCCAUGUGUAUGCGUGUGCAAUACUUUUUGCAUAGUUACUCGGGUUUUCCGGUGUUCUCUGACCUCCUACUCGUCUGCGUUUGGCCUGUGCGUGUGUGUGCGAAGUAGAUUUUACCAGUGCUUUUGGCAGUGAUAAGGAAUAGGAAAUUUCGAUCGCGCGCGGCGUUGUUAGUUUGUAUUCGGUCGCUCUGUGGAAAUUGGGCAGAAAAAACAUAAAAAAUAUAACCUACCUAUACAUAUAUUUGUAACGGUUUUAACUUUGAAAAAUUAAUUUUGGAAAUUUGUUGUUUCUAAUUAAUAAAAUAUAACUUGUGCGUUGUAAAACAGAUGCACAAAUGAGCAUUGAAUUGAAUACCAAUUUUAAAAGCGAAUGGCGCCAAAUUACUUCACAUUAGGAAAAAUGUGUAAACUUCAUGCAGCGAAAAUUCCUUUGAAUGGACACAAAGCAAACCAUUUCUAAUCAAAACUUUGAAUGUGCAUCGUGAAAAGUUAUGUUAAACAAACAAAAAAAGAACGUACAUACAUACAUACAUAAGGAAGAAUCAAAACCAAGUAAAUUAAAGUACGUUACUGAGCUGAGGUAACGAAAAAAAUUGCAAAACAUUCUUGUGAGUGAACAGUUGCUUUGAUAAAAGAGUACAAUGGUCAACUUCACAGUGAAAAAAAGAACUUCCGGAAGGGAAGAUUUUAGCUUUUGUCCAACAUUGGGAGUGAACAAAAAGCCAUAGAAGAAAAUUGAAAUAAACAAAUGUGUAUAAGGCAAACAAAGCAAAGUGAAAAGUAAACAAAUGGAACAGUGUUCUUCAAGCUGUGCUAGAAGCAACGGAUUUGCCUAUGCAGCCAAAGGGCGUUUUAUGUCCAGAAAAAUGGACACAGGCGUAAGAGAUUGUUGGUAGGCUUCCGCCUCUGGCAUUAGAACUGACUACAUAGCUGAAGCGAACGAGCUGGUAGAUAGCAUUUUUAUUUCAGGCCUUUGCAUUGGUAGACUAAUAUUUCGCACAAUGAGUGACUAGGUAGGUGGUAAGUCAAGGAUUAAAAUUGUAUGUGUAACGCCUGAUUGACACAACGGCAGUACAUACAUACAUACAUACGUGGCAUAAAUGCAAAAACCGGAAAGAAGUUGAACUUCAGAGUUAUUGAAAAGUAAAAAGUAGUGGGAAUAGUUUUGGAAAAGCUUACAAAAAAGCUGAAUACCGCGUAAGCUCUGAAAGCUGAGAAGACUUAUAGGAAAAUGUUAUGAAAAAGUAAACACAAUGAACGUAUCAAUGGCAUAUAAUAAAAAACCCAAGAUAGAUCCAAAAGUCACGCGCUUUUGUACGCAUUGCGUGAGAAGCAAUACUAGUUUGUACUAUCAAAUGUGCAACAUGCACCAGUGCCAAAUUCACUCGAUCGACAAAGCUUGAAACAUUCUAAGUUCACAGGAGAGAAAUACGCUUAAAGUAUAAAUUACAUAGUUAUGACAGCAAGACAAUCAAGCGUAGCCACAUAUCUCACUAAAGGGCAACAACAAAAAAUUGCAUCAACAGUCGCCUCUAUUUAACAUCACUUCCGCACUGAGCAAAGAAAACCCAAAAAGAAUUUAAACAAAAAAAAACGCCAACUAUGGAAUUUCCAAUUGCGCUUCAGCAUCAGCAGCAACAACGACUCAAUAAAGAUUAUCCGCCAUCACAUACGCCCAAUAUGAGCUAUCCGCCAAACGCGCAAUCGCCGCAUCCGCAAGCAUAUCCCACCGGCUAUGGCGCAUUUGGCAGACCGGCACAUUUUAAUAGCACAACAUAUACAACGCACAUACAACAGCACUACGCUCCCGAGCAGCACCAACAACAACAACAACAACAACAACGACAGUACUAUGACAGUGCAUACGGGCGGCUAAUUGCUGGCAAUAUCUCUGCCAGCAGUGGACCAGUUGACAGCGCUUACAGCAAUCGUGCUCGUUACUUGUCCUAUCAGCAGUCCCUGCCGCCUCACUCAAUACGGGGUAUGUACACACCGGCUGGACAGCAAUUAAUACCGUCAAGUGUGCUGCAUUACCCACCACGUGGCUCACCCUAUCAGCAGAGUGCGCUGCCGUUGCAGCAGCCGCAGCGUUCCCUAACGCAUACGCCAUAUGCUUUACCACAGCACACGCAACCGCAAUCACAACCACAAUUACGACAGCAGCAACAAUCGCAACCACAGCCGCAUUUGCAGUCGCAGUCACCACUACACCAAACAAAAUUAUUCGCGGGGAAUGAAUCGCCACAAAUGCGACUUUAUGGUGACGGUCCCAAUACGGCGCUAGUGCAACAAAAGCCAAUUUAUACGCCAGCAGCGCGGUCAACACCACAUUUAAUUGCCCAUUUGAAUGGUGGCUCACCACCAGCAACGCCAACACCAACGCCACCAUCACCGGCGCCAACAACAACGCCGCCACCGCCAAAUGUAGUGCGGCCACCAUCAACUGACUGUAGCGCCUAUACCAUGCAACUGCAAAGGCAACAACAACAAAUACAACUACUGCAGCAAUAUCGGCAACAGCCGACUUCACAAUCGCCCUCCUCAACGCCGCAAAGACUAUUCAAUAAUACAUUGUCUUCGCCACGCACAUUCGCAGCACAACAGUGUCAAGCGCUUUCCCCUCAGUUAACCCCACCCAUAGUGAAAAUAUUGCCGGCGAGCAGAGAAUCUUCCGAGUUGCCAACAAUAAGCAGAGACGCACGGGAGUGCCGAGAGGAGGAGGAGAAAGAUCGGCAGCCUCCGCAUAGCGUAACUAAUGUCCCAGCUAACAGCGCUGCAUCAUAUUCCGCCACCAAUUUGACCAGCACAAAUACUGUUUGUUCUCCACGAUUGACAGCGAGCUGCAACAGUAGUGACUGUUUUACCACCUCACCGCCGCUAAUAAGCGCCACCGGCACCGACAGCGGUAUCAGCGUGAGCAGCUGCAGCACGCGCGCCCGCAGUGACAGCACACAAAGUACGCCUGUUUACAAUGGCGAAUAUCCAAUGUCGGUGGGCUCGUCGUCUGGUGUGUCCUACCACUGCGCGGAUAUAAAGGAUUUCGAGGAAUUUGGCCGAGAGAAAGAGGAACAAUCAGUGUGCGGUGUGCUUAAUGAAAAUGAAAAUUUGAAAUUAAAGCAGGAAAUCGGCGAAGGCGAAAUUAAUGACGAACGAUUAAAGGUGAGCACCAGUGAUGGAGAAAAUAUGAUAACGUCCAAUAUAAAGAAAGAAUGUGGAGACGCUGAGCCUUUCGCAACUUCAAGUACAGAGGAGAAAAUGACACAUUCCGAUGAUAAAAGGAGCCAAGAUGAUGUGGAGGAAAAUGUGUCUGCAUGCCGCCUGGAAGUUAGCGCCGCUUCUUCGAGUACACCCCUAGAUUCAACAAAACAUUUUCCAGUUAAUUCACCAGCGGCACAACUUCCAGAAGCCAAUAUCACAAAGAAAUCAAAUGAUUCUCCCCAUUUAGAUGCGCAUAUGAGUACAUCCACAAAUGUAGAAAGUAAAAGCGACUGCAAGGAGCACACAGAAUUGCGACAGCAAAAAGAAACGGAAAUAGAAGAAAUCACACAAAACGCUGAAAAUGUGAAAACUAAUUUCUCGAACAGCAUUAAUGCAGCGUGGGCAUCAUCAACGCCGCAGUCACCACAUCAGAACCUGAAUUUCGAACACACACAGUUGUAUCAAUACGAAUUACCAUCUCCACCUGUGCCACCAGCACCUCCACAGAACUCGCCAGUCGAUUACAAUCCCACAAUCAACACUACUAAUAUGGGCACAUUUGCAUAUAGUGCACUGCCAGCAGCGACACCACUGAAACCACCUACAAAUGCAGCUGCUGCUGCAGCGGCGGCAGCAGUGGCGGCAGCGGCAGCAGCUGCAGCUGCAACAAUACGCACGAAUAGAAGUCGAAUAAUGGAAGGUGAUUUGAUACCAAGCAAAAAAUCGAAACGGAAAACGCACCUUGUGCCUGGGAAAUGGCAGAAAGACAAUGAGGAAGUGGAGGCGAGCGAAGGUGGCAAGGACAAACGGGAUAUGACACCCUUGCCGGGCUUUCAGCAAGCUUUUGGCUCCACAGAAAUCGGUCGUUUCUUCGAAACAUUUCUAUUAAGUCCGCCUGAUUGUCAUAGUUUCAAUGGCACCUACGAAUCUUUCAAUGUCGAAGAGCAAUUGCAACAAAUGCAUCAACAGCAGCAGCAACAGCAACAGCAACAACAACAAAAACACCAAUUACAUAUGCAACAUGAACAGCAACAGUUGCAGCUUAAACAAAUUCAUCAACAACAGCAGCAACAACACCAACAGCAACAGCAACAGCAAUAUGCAUCACACGAUUAUUUUAGUCGUAGAUACUCGGACAAUAGCGGCUAUCACACACAACGGUUACAUGCCAACUAUCCCCACCAGCACCUGCCAGCUACUCACCCAUACUACAGAGGUCAAGCGCAUCCUCCGUACCCGCUCAAUAGCGGCAACAGCUAUCGUGACAUGUGGUUGUAUGGCCGCCGCGCGCCCUCUCCCUAUGACUUGCCUUACGAAUACGGUGGCGCUCGAGCGAGUAGUGGCUCCCCUGCGUCGCCUUAUGAAAUGCCUUUGAGUGCUCGAACGCCCUAUGGCUCUCCGUACGAUCGAUUGGGUUAUAGUUAUGGGCGGAUGAAUGGUAGCUUUAGUGGCAUACGCUGUAACGGUUAUUGAGAUAUAGUAACGUAAGUCAAGUGGCAUAGUAAAUAUUUGUAGUUAAAAACAAAGAAUGAGCAAUUUUCAAACACAUUUUUCCAAAAUGCUUAGUUGCAGAAAUAUGUAAGUAUGUACAUAUUAUGUACUAUAUACGUAUGUAUAUGUUAGAAGUAAUUUAAACAUAAAGCAGUGGUCAUGUGAACGGUUAAUAUAACUAUGUGCCUUUUCGGACAAAAUUCUGGAACGUCUUGUUCAGUUCAAAUAAAUAGGAAGCAUAACCAAAUUUUUGAUCAAAAUUACAAAAUUUAUAAUAAAAUUAUUCGAAGUUGCAUAUUUCUAUUUAGAUACAUACAUACAUAUAUAUGUGUGUAUGUAUUUAUAACUUUUUACUUCUAUCCUAAAUGUAAGUGGGCGAAUACAUUUGUAUGUAUUAGCGGUAAAAAAAAACCUAUGUGAAAUAUAAAAAUUGCGUGCAUACACACAUACACAAAUUGUUUCUUGUCACAAAAAAAAUGUGAAAAUUAGCAAAGGAUUAAAAUCAAAACAAACCGAAUAAUGCAAUAGUACAAUUUUGAGGUAAAUAUGUAUGUAUGUAAAAAGAACUAAAAAUACAAUUUAUCAAUUUACAAAAUAAAA